AUGAAACAUAAGUUAUUAGUUUUUAUCUUAAUAAGUUUGGAUAUGGCAUAACAGUGGGAAACUAUUUACGAAAGUUUUAAAGGAACAGAUCCAAAGGAUGCAUUAGGUUCCUUUCAUCUUCAAAUAAUUAGGGUGGACAGUAUAAAAUAAUUAUUCCGAAAAUUUAUUCACCAGUUGCAAUGGUGUUAAAUUGUUUGGAGGGUAUGGUGCUUUUGCAUUCAAUACCACAGUAUCUAAGUAGUUUUCCUUGCCUCCGCAUUUUAAACUCAAAGUUGAUGUUGAUUUUUGGAAGUACUUCUUAUUUAAAAAGUAGAAUUGAUAGUUGGGAUAAUGAGGUUAGUUAUAUAUUUGUCGAUGGUAAUUUAUGGGCAAAAGGUUAUUCUUGGGGGCAAGGGAGUCAAAUAUGUGGAAGAGGAUCUGGUUGGAAUGAAGUAAUUGAACCUAUUUCAAUUAUUACAAAUCAUAAUUCUGAAUCUUUAGUGUUUAUCAUGACUACAAGUUUGGAUUAAUCCCCUUUUGAUGUACAACUUUAAUUAAUAUAAAAGGAAAGUUGGGGAUUUAGAAAUUUUGCUUUGUCAAUAAUUAGAUGUCCUUAAGGUUGCUUAUUUUGUUAAGAUACUGAUUAUAAUAAUUGUGUUUAUUGGAUUAGUUUUGUAUCAUUGUGGCACAACUCAAUAGAACUUGAUGGAUGGAUGAAAAAUAGUGAUAUCUAACCUGCAAUAGGUUAAUGUGGCAGUAUUUUUGUUGUUGGAGGAGUUAAUAACCUAUUACCAAAUGAGAAAUUAGAAAAGAUUUUCAAAAAUUUACAUCCUCAUUAUAAAACUUAAGUCCAAUUAUAACUUUGGAAAUUUGAUUCAUGGGAUAAUGAAAACUUCAUUUUAGAAGUAGAUGAUUAGAUUUAUAACUAAACUAUUUUGAGAAGUUAAGGCAGUUAUUAGAUUUGUGGAUCGGCUGGAUAUGAUCAGAUUAUUAAUAUUGAAAUUACUUUAUCUCAUCAUUAAUCAGAAUGCAAAAUCACUAUGAGAACCAAUCCUAAUUCUAUAACUAAAAAUGCUUAUUGGGGAAUAAGAGCAUUUAAUAUAUACCUUGCAAAAUGCAUUACUGGUUGUGAUCAAUGUUUAGGUCCAUUAAUGACACAGUGUAUUGCAUGUUUAAAGGAUUGGGUCAUUUACAAGAAUUUUUGCACUUAUCGUAUUCAUUAAUUCUAAUAAAAGCCCCUCCUAUGAUAUUAAAAGAAAUUUCAAUUACUCAAAUAAAAGAUUCAUUGUCAAAUGAGAGAAUUCCUAUAUAGAUCCAUCUAUCAGAAGUUGAUUAAAACAUAGUUUCAUAAGGAAAUUUUGAACUGUUAUUUAAGAAUACUUAAUAAAUUUUGACCAUCCAGGUGGAAAUAAAAUGCAUUCCAAAAAAAACAAUUAAAAGUUUAAUUUCUUCACUUUAAAAUGUAUAAUAAUAAUACUAAUUUCGAAAAAUUUGUCAAGGAAAUUUCAAAACAGCAAUCUAUAAUGUUAAAUACGAUUUAAAUAUAAUUGCUNCUAAGUAGUUUUCCUUGCCUCCGCAUUUUAAACUCAAAGUUGAUGUUGAUUUUUGGAAGUACUUCUUAUUUAAAAAGUAGAAUUGAUAGUUGGGAUAAUGAGGUUAGUUAUAUAUUUGUCGAUGGUAAUUUAUGGGCAAAAGGUUAUUCUUGGGGGCAAGGGAGUCAAAUAUGUGGAAGAGGAUCUGGUUGGAAUGAAGUAAUUGAACCUAUUUCAAUUAUUACAAAUCAUAAUUCUGAAUCUUUAGUGUUUAUCAUGACUACAAGUUUGGAUUAAUCCCCUUUUGAUGUACAACUUUAAUUAAUAUAAAAGGAAAGUUGGGGAUUUAGAAAUUUUGCUUUGUCAAUAAUUAGAUGUCCUUAAGGUUGCUUAUUUUGUUAAGAUACUGAUUAUAAUAAUUGUGUUUAUUGGAUUAGUUUUGUAUCAUUGUGGCACAACUCAAUAGAACUUGAUGGAUGGAUGAAAAAUAGUGAUAUCUAACCUGCAAUAGGUUAAUGUGGCAGUAUUUUUGUUGUUGGAGGAGUUAAUAACCUAUUACCAAAUGAGAAAUUAGAAAAGAUUUUCAAAAAUUUACAUCCUCAUUAUAAAACUUAAGUCCAAUUAUAACUUUGGAAAUUUGAUUCAUGGGAUAAUGAAAACUUCAUUUUAGAAGUAGAUGAUUAGAUUUAUAACUAAACUAUUUUGAGAAGUUAAGGCAGUUAUUAGAUUUGUGGAUCGGCUGGAUAUGAUCAGAUUAUUAAUAUUGAAAUUACUUUAUCUCAUCAUUAAUCAGAAUGCAAAAUCACUAUGAGAACCAAUCCUAAUUCUAUAACUAAAAAUGCUUAUUGGGGAAUAAGAGCAUUUAAUAUAUACCUUGCAAAAUGCAUUACUGGUUGUGAUCAAUGUUUAGGUCCAUUAAUGACACAGUGUAUUGCAUGUUUAAAGGAUUGGGUCAUUUACAAGAAUUUUUGCACUUAUCGUAUUCAUUAAUUCUAAUAAAAGCCCCUCCUAUGAUAUUAAAAGAAAUUUCAAUUACUCAAAUAAAAGAUUCAUUGUCAAAUGAGAGAAUUCCUAUAUAGAUCCAUCUAUCAGAAGUUGAUUAAAACAUAGUUUCAUAAGGAAAUUUUGAACUGUUAUUUAAGAAUACUUAAUAAAUUUUGACCAUCCAGGUGGAAAUAAAAUGCAUUCCAAAAAAAACAAUUAAAAGUUUAAUUUCUUCACUUUAAAAUGUAUAAUAAUAAUACUAAUUUCGAAAAAUUUGUCAAGGAAAUUUCAAAACAGCAAUCUAUAAUGUUAAAUACGAUUUAAAUAUAAUUGCUGAAUAAAACUUGAUAAUUCGUAUAUCUGACACCCAAUGUUUAAUCUAUUAAGUAGUUAGAGUUGCUGAUGAAUUAGCUUAUGUAAAAAUUUUAGAAAUCUUCUUGGAAGAUUUUUGA